AUGAACAAGCAAAAGUCCACCGAACCUAUCCGAUUGAAGCCAAUCCUAUUGCCAUCGCCGCCACGCUUGCCCACCAAUCAAACUACACCCAGCAGCCAACUUAUGAAAUCCUCCUCGCCACGAUACUGCCCAUACAUGAAGCCUGGCACAUCAUCACCUGUCUCCUUGCCGUCAAUCAAUACCGUACUACCGCCUUCGUCACCGUAUUCCACUCCCGUCUCGCCGUCAACUGGCGGGUACUGUACCUUCAGUCCAGAGUCCGGUACCGUUACACCGCUCUCGCAGCCACUUUUUAUACAAACUGAUGACUCAUACUGGUACGGUACACAGUUCUCAUAUGAUGUGUGUAAAUUCGGUUCACCACCGGUAAUCUCGAUACCGUAUCCUUAUUCGCAUUUAUCAAAUGGUCAAACGUUUUCUUCUUCGUGUUACUAA